CCUCCGUCCCGCUCGUCGGCCUGGGUUUCUUGACAUCUGAUUUCCUUCCAGUCUUCUUCACUUCGCACCUUUUGUUGUGGCUUGCAGAUCGGAUCCCUCCCAUCCCUCCUGCUCCUGAACUCACCCGUUUGUACUCGCUCUUCUUCGUCUUUUCGGAGAGAAACAAUGCUGGUCAGGCAAGGAUUGAGGUCGGGUCUGCGGACUUGGGCUGCAUGUCGGCCCCUGUUGGCACGCAGUUAUGCGGCGGAAGCGGAAGCCCCUGCUGCACAGGCGGUAGUUCCUGAAAAAUUCAAGGAAGACUGGAAAAAGAUUGCUCCGAAUUAUGACCUGCCACAUUUCCCAAGUGAAUACAUGAAUGCUCGACCUUCCGUUCCCUCAACCUUGCCCGCCAAGCUGACGGUGAACUUCGUUCUUCCCCACCAGUUUGAGAUGCAGGCCAAGGAGGUGGACAUGGUCAUCGUGCCAGCAACAUCAGGACAGAUGGGAGUUUUGCCUGGCCACGUUCCUACCAUUGCGGAGUUGAAGCCUGGACUUAUGUCCGUUCACGAGGGUUCUGAUGUCAAGCAGUACUUUGUAAGCAGUGGGUUUGCGUUCGUGCACGCUAACUCUGUCGCGGAUAUUGUUGCAAUUGAGGCAGUAUCCUUGGACAAGUUUGACCCUGAGGAGGUAAAGAAAGGAGUCCAGGAGUACACUCAGAAGGUCGCUAAUGCCAAGGAUGAUUUGGAAAGGGCAGAAGCUCAAAUUGGCCUUGAGGUACACAGUGCUUUGCAGGCAGCGCUGGGCGUUUCUGCGUAAAGAGUUUAUCAACGCUGUUCUUGCUCAUUAGUCUUAUAUCCCUUGAGGUGUUUCUGGUGUCUUUUAGCCUUGAUUUUCGUGGUCAUGGCGUUGUAGUAUCUACUGGUACAUGAUCUACCAGAACUGCAGGGCUGACUUCAAAUUUUCCAGCUUUUUGCUGUAUGGAUAAUACCACGGUUGGCUCAAGUAGAUGAUCACUGAAGAUGACUUCACUUCUUCCUUCAUUCUUCAGCAACUUCGUGGAUGUGAUUCCUUGAGUUACGCAGAAGUUCCUUGUCUGUGGGUCUUUCAAUUCAUCAAUUGAACACGAGGCUGUUUGAUGGGUGAUGUGGACCGAUGAGAUCAAUUUCCUUGAGUCUCCUAGAGUUUUUCUUUUUGUCUUCUUGUGUGGGUGUGUGAAUAAUGAUUCAACUGCCUUUCAUUUGUUCUAGUUUGCUGAAACCGUCAGCAAUAUAGUGACCUGUGGUUGUAACUUGUGUUAUUAGAAAAUCAUUCAAAUGGUA